AUGGCCUGCUGUGCCAAUUUCACUCUUUUCUUAAUCUCAUUCCUUUCCAUCGGCGUUAUUGUUGCCGGGGCUUCAUUCACAAUCUACUUCAUAGUUCAUUAUAAAAUCAAAGAAAUCACAGAUAAUAACACAAUUUUAAUUUACAUCAUUAUCAUUCUUGUUGCUUCAGCUUUCAUUCUUGUAUUCGCCAUUUAUGCAUCGAUUGCCAACGCUCGUUGCCCAUCUUUCAUCCUUGGCUUCAUUCUCUUAGUCUACGCUGCUGCUGUUAUUGGCGCAAUUGUCCUCUAUAUCAUGUUCAAUUCCAAGGUUUGGGAUACAAUGCGUGAGAACUGGAAAAAGUACGAAGGAAAGAAUGAUACUGCAAUUGGUAAAGCCAUUGAAGAAAUUGAAGGUGUUCUUCACUGCAAGCACUGGGAUGAUAGCAAUGGCUCCUGCAAGACAUUAAUCGAAGACAAAGUCAAGAAGUUUGCCAUUGCCAUCUACGUUGUCUUCGGCUUAAUUGCUCUUCUUCUCUUGUUCGCCUCAGGCCUUGCAUUCUAUAAGGUUUGCAGAUCUGAUUCUACUAUCAGCAAUGAUAGUAAGGCUCCAAUGGAGCAGCCAUUAUCUUAUGGCUGGUAA